AUGGCCGGCGGAACGGGUGGGCGAAGCGGGCGGCCGACCGAGGCGCUACAAAGCAAGGGGCGCCAGAGGCGCCCUGGUUUUCUAACACUGAUCAGGGGCAUUUCAACAGGUACAAAUAGAAGGUAUCAAUCCUCAGCGGGUUAUGAUGUUGGUUUCGCUAAAGCUAGUGGUAUGCUGAUGGUUAUUGAACGUAAAAGUAAAACUAAGACAGAUGGUUCGGAAGCAGCAAGACAACAUGCCACAGUAUCAUACAAUGAUAGUGGUUCUAAUCAAAAAGUGACAAAGAUUGGAUUUUAUUAUAUAAUAGAUGUACUUAAUUUUCAGUAUUUGUUUUACUGA